AUGAGAGAGGCGACUCGAAAACCAAAAGGUUUAGGGAGACUAUGCCGAGUGACAUACACCUGCGAACGCGAGUCCCGCAAGACUCACACACAAGGAACUGAAUCAGGAAGACGGUGGAUGCGAAACCAACAUCGGAGCAGGGAAGAUAGGCGCCGGAGGUCCAGCGGCCAGAAGCCAGCAUCCACUAAAAGGCUAGGAAUUGGUGAUGUCCGAAAUGCACCCAUCAUGGAUCCACUCGUAGACUUCCAGGAAUUUGAUCUGUUCGAGGAAUUAGAAGCAGUAAGGGUUGCGAGAUCCCUGCUCACUCAGCUACAUUUACCAGAGGCCAAUGAUUCAAGAGGGUGUCCUGUGCCACCUUACCUCCAACUCCUCAUCACCUUAAGAUGGAUGGCAACUGGUGAUUUGCAGCUUACAAUCGGUGAUGCUUUUGAAGUCUCGGAGCAGUUUGUAAGCGCAUGCUCUUCACGUACUGUACAUGCCAUUGCUACUUUAUGUGAGCAGUAUGUACAAUUUCCUGAUUGGCAUCACCUGAGGUUUGUUAAAGAGAACUUUAAUGCCAUAGCAGGUUUCCCUUCUGUAAUUGGUGCUAUAGACUGCACCCAAAUUCCAAUUAUGAGUCCAGGUGGUCCACUAGCAGAGCAGUUUAGGUGCAUAGAGGGAUUCUUUUCAUUAAAUGUACAAGCUGUAUGUGGUCCAGACUUGAAGUUGUAUAACAUAGUUUGUCGCUGGCCUGGAUCAGUGCAUGACAGCAGAAUAUUUAGGAAUAGUGCCCUGUAUGCUCAACUACAAGGAGCAAAAUGA